AGCUUGACCCUUCUCGCCGUCCGGAAGAGCCCAGCGUUGCAUCCGGCUAGUAUCCUAGCGAGCCUCAAGCCCACCACCCCGAGGGAUUUGCAACUGCUGCAUCUUUGUAUGUGUUAAAUCUGUUCAGAAGAUGGCUGAUCCUUGGCAGGAAUGCAUGGAUUAUGCAGUAACCCUAGUAAGACAAGCUGGAGAGAUGGCUCGUGAAGCCCUAAAAAAUGAAAUGAAUAUUAUGAUCAAAAGUUCUCCAGUUGAUUUGGUAACUGCUACUGACCAAAAAGUUGAAAAAAUGCUUAUCUCUUCCAUAAAGGAAAAGUAUCCAUCUCACAGUUUCAUUGGUGAGGAAUCUGUGGCAGCUGGGGAAAAAAGUAUUUUAACUGACAGCCCUACGUGGAUCAUUGACCCUAUUGAUGGAACAACUAACUUUGUACAUGGAUUUCCUUUUGUAGCCGUUUCAGUUGGCUUUGUUGUAAAUAAGAAGAUGGAAUUUGGAAUUGUAUACAGUUGCAUGGAGGAUAAGAUGUAUACCGGCCGGAAAGGAAAAGGUGCCUUUUGUAAUGGUCAAAAACUACAGGUUUCACGCCAAGACGAUGUUACCAAAUCACUCUUGGUGACAGAGUUGGGCUCUUCCAGAACACCAGAGACUGUGAGAAUUAUUCUUUCUAAUAUGGAAAGGCUUCUUUGCCUUCCCAUCCAUGGGAUCCGAGGUGUUGGAACAGCGGCUCUUAAUAUGUGCCUUGUGGCAGCUGGAGUUGCAGAUGCAUAUUAUGAAAUGGGAAUUCACUGCUGGGAUGUAGCAGGUGCUGGCAUUAUUGUAACUGAAGCUGGUGGAGUACUCUUGGAUGUAACAGGUGGACCAUUUGAUUUGAUGUCACGAAGAAUAAUUGCUUCAAGCAAUAAGACAUUAGGAGAAAGGAUAGCCAAAGAAAUUCAGAUAAUACCUCUUCAAAGAGAUGAUGAAGAUUAAUUCUAACAGCUUCAUACAUUCAGUCACAGUUGCAUCUCUCCAGGUUUGCGGAUGGUGUUGCAAAAUUCAGGACAUCUGUUUCACUUGAAUAAUAUUGGUUUCAGUUGUCUUCAAUGUCCAGAUUAAAAAUUGCAACUUGUUCUGUAUUUUACUAAGAGUAGGUAUGCAAGAAUGGCUGAAAUGCUUGUUUCCUUGUUUUAAAAAUGUUUGCGUGUUAAGAGUGUACUUUGGGAAAAAUAUGCAGGCAGUGUAUGAGACAGUAUCACAUCAACUGAAAUAGUCAAUUAGCAAUUUAGAGUUUCUAAGUAUUUAUGAGCCUCUGAAAUUUUGACUUAACUAUUUAUGUGCAUAUGCAUUCUUAAUUAGAAAGUUAACUUUCUGGAAAAGUUUUUUUCUUUACUUCCGAAAGCCAUACUUAACUAAAUUUGUAAGAAGUAUAUAAUGAGUACUUCCUAGACCAAGGUUUCUUUCUUUGCAGAGAACCUUGAUUUAUUAAUCAGUGAAGCACCAAACAUGGUACCUGUUAAAUAGUAGGCAAUCCAAAAAUAAGCACUGAAAGAAUGAAUAUUUUAACGGUAGCAAUUCCUAGUUGCUACAUAAAGUAAUGAGCUCAUCAUUCUGUAAUUUUACUUCAGGGUUGGAAGUAGAAAUUAUCUAGUCAUCCUUUUUAUAUUUCACAUUACCAUUCCUUUUAACAUUUUACAUUACCAUGCCAUUUCAAUUAACUGUACCUAUACCUCCUGAUACAUUUCAAUUACUGUAUCUCCUGAUAUCAUUUGUUAUUGUGGGCAUUUCUGCAGUUUAUAUGCUUUUCAAAACACUGCAUUGCAGUAUUUGUUUGGAUUUCUUUAAAGUCCAUAUAUAAAAGAGAAGAAACAGUUUCAGAAAAGCACUUUCAUCAGGUAUCUGAUGCAACUAGAUACUGUAUGACACUUUACUAGACUCAAA